CCACUCCCAUAACUGAUAACUCAAUAACACAGAUCUACUCUCCUUAGUCCUUACUAUUCUCACCAAAUCUCAAAGUCAAGUCACUCACUCCUUCCGUUCAGCUACCAUACAUAGAGUAGAAGAUAUAUGGCGAAUGAAGGUGAUGACAGAGACUUCGCCACCCACAACCAUAAACCCAAAUGGAGCUACGAUGUUUUCCUCUGUUUUAGAGGAGAAGACACACGUUACACCUUCACAGGGAACCUCUAUAAUGCUCUGUGCGAAAAGAAGAUCAAGACCUUCAUGGAUCACGAUGGAUUAAAGAGCGGCGACAAUAUUUCCUCUAUUCUCAAAGCAUUGGAAGAAUCAAGGGUUGUAAUUGUUGUUUUCUCCAAAGACUUCGCAUCCUCUACUUAUUGUCUUAGAGAAAUUGUCAAAAUCAUUCAGUGUAAAAAAAGGGUUUUACCAAUCUUUUGUGACGUUGAUCCGUCUGAUGCCUAUUGUGAGAGUAUCAAAAUAGCCUUGACUGAAUUACCCAAAGAUAUCUUUCCAGAUAUGCCUCAGAUUGAGAGUAUAGAAGAAUGGAAGGUGGCCCUAGCAACCAGUUCUUACCAAGAAUGGCAGCUUCAAAUAAAACGGGGCAAGUACAAGUAUGAAUAUGAACGUAUGGACAAGAUUGUGGAAUGGGUCAUCGGUACCGUAGACCGCUCUGAUGUUUUCCUCAGUUUUUUGGGAAGAGAUACCCGCAACUCCUUUGUUAAUUUUCUCCAUGAUGCUUUGAAGCAGGAGAGAUUUAAAAUCAACAUGCAUGAUGAGAAAUUGGAGGAUGACAAGGAUCGAAUUUCACCAUCCCUUGUUGAAACAAUUGAUAAAUCAUGGCUUUCAAUCAUUGUUUUAUCUGAAAACUAUGCAUUUUCUUCACUUUGUCUGGAUGAACUUGUCACAAUUUUAGACCGUAUGGAGAAGAAAAAACAACUAGUUUGGCCCAUCUUUUACAAAGUGGAAGCUUCUGAUAUAAGGCAUCAAAAAAAUAGUUUUGGCAGUGCUAUGGCUAUGCAUGAAAAUAACUUCGGCUCCGAGCAAGUGCAGAAAUGGAUGUCAUCUUUAGUUGAAGUUGCCAACCUGAAAGGAUCUCACUUGAAAACAGGGUACGAAUAUGAAACAAUUGAAAGAAUUGUGAAAGUGGCCAUUAAUUCCUUAUAUUUACCAAGUCGGAGCUCAAGUGUGUCACCUAGAAGGAACUGAUUCAAUCAGCAGGUGGACACCCAUGUUCUGUAAUGUGAAGUGCUGAAGUUGUUUUGCUGUUGUAAUUAUACUCUCAAAAGGAAAACGGGGUCCCUCAAACUCAAAUCUCUGUUUCAUUUUCAUAUAGCAAUUGUACUUUGUGCAUUCAAUUCACUUGAUUCAACCUAUACUUCCCUUUGUUAAUUGGAUUUUGUUACUUUUUUAACAUGUUUCAUUUACAUCA